AUGUCGCAGUCCAAGCCCGUCAUCCCCCAAAAUGACAAUGUCGCCCACGCCCUCGCCGGCGCCGGUGGUGGCAUUCUGUCCAUGGCCUUGACCUACCCCCUAAUCACCCUCUCCACCCGCGCCCAAGUCGAAUCCAAGCGCUCCGUCGACACCACCUUCCUGGCCGCCGUCCAGAAGAUCGUUGCGCGCGAGGGCAUUUCCGGUCUCUACAGCGGCUUGUCGUCGGCCCUGUUCGGAAUCUCCGUCACCAACUUCGUCUAUUACUACUGGUACGAAUGGACGCGCGCCUUCUUCGAGGCCGCCGCCAUCAAGGCGGGGCGGGCCUCCAAGAAGCUGACCACCGUCGAGAGCAUGAUCGCCGGCGCCAUCGCCGGCUCCGCCACCGUCAUCCUGACCAACCCCAUCUGGGUGGUCAACACGCGCAUGACCACGCGCAAGGCUGCUGCUGCCGAGGAAGGCGAGGGUGGAAAAGACGCCGCGCUGCCGGGCGCCCCGCCUGCCAAGAAGCCGUCCACUAUCGGCACAUUGUUGGCGCUGCUCAAGAAUGAGGGACCCCAGGCCUUGUUUUCCGGUGUGGUGCCCGCGCUGGUGCUGGUUAUUAACCCUAUUUUGCAGUAUACGCUGUUUGAGCAGAUGAAGAAUGCUGUGGAGAAGCGGAGGAAGAUGACGGCUACGCUGGCGUUCUUCCUUGGUGCGGCUGGAAAGCUGUUUGCGACCAGUGUGACGUAUCCGUAUAUUACGGUCAAGAGCCAGAUGCAUGUCGCUGGCGAUAAGAAGGAGGGUAUGAGGGAGGCGAUCAAUCGCGUGGUGAGGGAGGAGGGGUAUGCUGGGUUGUACAAGGGCAUCGGCCCCAAGGUAACCCAGUCCGUCCUCACGGCCGCCUUCCUCUUCGCCUUCAAGGACGUGCUCUACGAGCAGACCGUCAAGCUAAGGGGCAGCGUCACCCGCAAGGCCCUUGCCUAG